AUGUCUGUCACACUACACACCACAGCUGGCACCAUCAAGAUCGAGGUCUUCUGCGACAGCGUCCCCAAGACCGCAGAGAACUUCCUCGCCCUCUGCGCCUCCCACUACUACGACGCCUCGCCCUUCCACCGCCUCAUCCCGGGCUUCAUGGCCCAGACGGGCGCCCCCGCGGACCCCUCGCCCCCGGAGAACCCAAAGGGCGGCCGCUCCAUCUGGGGCGGCACCUUCGACGACGAGGUCCGCCCGGCGCUCAAGCACGCGCAGAGGGGGAUGGUCUCCAUGGCCAACAAGGGGCCCGGUACGAACGGUUCGCAGUUCUUCAUCAUCUUCGACAAGGCGCCGCACCUCGACGGGCUCAACACCGUCUUCGGCAAGGUCAUUGGCGACGAUAGCCUGGCCACCCUGGCCAAGAUUGAGGCGCUCGAGGUAGAUAAGAAGAAUCGGCCCAAGGAGCCUUGCAAGAUUGAGAGUAUCACGGUUCAUGCGAACCCACUGGCCGGAUGA